UCUAACACUAUCUUCGGACAUGUACAUCCGGUUAUAAACACAUGUGUCAAAUUUAAUGCAACAAAAUAUUAACGAUGUCUGCUGGAUGGAAGUUUAUCAACAACAUUAAAUCAUUAAAAAGUAGUGCUAAACUGUUGUCUGCAGCAGCUGUCACCGCAACAGCGACAAGUUUGAGCAAGUCAAAGAGAAAAUUGGACGGAAAAGAUGAAAUAUUAUUCAUGAGUAAAGAAGAUAAUGCUGUACCAUCAACAGCAAAGAUCGUUAUGCAGGAGAUUGGCGAAAACAGAGAUCCAGUUCUUUCUAAUGGAGAUCUCAACUGGGCCUGCGCUUGUAUCGAAAGAGAUGUUAUAGGACCGUGUAAUGUUGAAUUCCGAAAUCUACGCGAGUUUAUGCAUGUUCAAAACAUUAAAGAUGAUAUUGAGGCUUUUGAUGCUGAAAUGAAAGAAAAGUUUGACAGACUGUUUGAAGAUUUUAUAAUUUGUACGAUGGACCAUCCUGUAUAUUAUGAAGACAGCAUGUUGGAUGAAGAGAGGGAAGAAAUUAAAAAGAAAGAAGAAAAGGAGAAAGAACUUGAGGAGAGGAAGAGAAAGGAGAAAGAAGCUAACAGAAGACAUUUUGGCAAAGAUGAGGUAGUAUUUAUAACAAAGGAGGAAAAUAGUAAACCUAGUACAGUGAUGAUACCUAAAGUACAGGUGGAGGAAAAUAGAGGACCUGUUUUACCAAACGGAGAAAUUAACUGGGCUUGUACAUGCAUUGAAAAGGAUGUAGUUGGACCGUGUAACAUAGAGUUCCGUGAGUUUCGAGCAUUUGUGGCAGCACACAGGAACGUGAAGGAUGACACAGAAAUCCCAGAGAAAGGAAGAACUAUUAUUGGAAAUUUUAUUGGUUGUGUUCGUAAUAAUCCAGUGUAUUAUUCUUCACUUCUGUCAAAAGAUCAAGAUGAUGAUGAAGAAAAUGAUAUUGAUGAGGAUAAUGACUUUGAUCAAAUGUCUGGAACAAAGACAGAGAGAUAAUGAAUGUUUUUAUAGUCAAAUUUUCAUUCUUUUAUUUACUUAUUAAAUGAUACAGUUUUGAUAAA